ACCAAGUGAUGCUGGAAGAGAACUAUACGCAGAUCACAGAAUUCAUUUUCGUUGGUUUAAAAUGCCAACCUCAGCUUCAGGUCUCCCUUUUCUUGCUCUUUCUGCUGUUUUACCUCAUUACCACGACAGGAAACUUGGGCAUGAUCAUUCUCAUCCACGCUGAUUCCCGCCUCCACACACCCAUGUACUUCUUCCUCAGCCACCUGUCCUUUGUGGACAUCUGCUUUUCAUCUGUCGUCAGCCCCAAGAUGCUCAGGGACUUCUUUGCCAAAAGGAAAGCCAUCUCCUUCCUCGGCUGUGCCUUGCAGCAGUGGUUCUUUGGGUUCUUUGUGGCCAUUGAGUGUCUCCUGCUGGCGUCCAUGGCCUAUGACCGCUACGUGGCCAUCUGUAGCCCACUCCUAUACUCCAUCUCCAUGUCCCAGAGGCUCUGUGUUCAGCUAGUGCUCGGACCCUACGCAGCUGGUUUCCUGAACACCAUGACUCACACGAUAGCUGCUUUUCGACUGCCCUUUUGUGGCUCCAACAUCAUCAACCAUUUCUACUGCGACAUGCCUCCUCUUCUCUCCCUGGUGUGCGCUGACACUCGGAUCAACGCAUUGCUGGUUUUCAUUGUGGCCGGAGCUAUCCUGGCUGUAAGUAGCCUGACCAUUGUCACCUCCUACUCUUUCAUCCUCGCUGCCAUCCUGAGGAUCCGCUCUGCCUCUGGGAGGCGCAAAGCCUUCUCCACGUGUUCCUCCCAUCUCACGGCCGUCUCCAUCUUCUAUGGGACGCUCUUCUUCAUCUAUGUGAGGCCCAGCGCCAUUUCUUCCCUGGACCUCAACAAAGUGGUGUCUGUGUUCUACACCACAGUCAUCCCCAUGCUGAACCCUCUCAUCUAUAGCCUGAGGAAUAAGGAGGUGCACGCGGCCCUGGAUAGGACCAUCAGCAAGAGCAAGCUCUUCAUCCAGGACAGAAUACGUGUCAGAGGAGCAGCUCUCACACGGGAUUAGACUACUAGGAUGCUAUGUGAAAUUGCUGAAGCCCUUCCAGAAUUUGUGCAGUGGUGUGUUUGCUUCCUAACUUUUAUUUUGCUGUGUGCUUUUUGGACUGUUAAUAUUCAUUAAUGCAUGUGAGUUAUACAGAAUAAUGGGUUCACUGUGGCAUUUUCACACACGCAUGUAAGACACUUUUGUCUAACUGCAUCCUUCUGUAUCUCUCCCAGAACUUUCCUUCCAGGCCCUAUCCCAUAAUAGUCUCCCCUCUACUUUCACCUUCCUUCAGAACUCCACUGAAUUCUUCAGGUGAGAGUCAAUGUACACCUGUCUUUCAGAGUCUGGCUGACUGAGUGUGGCAUGAUGAUCUGUAGUUCUGUCCAUUUUCUGGCAAAUGAUGUGAUUUCGGAAGGAAAAGUCUCAGAUAUGGACAUGCAUCCUCCUCAUAGUGCAGUAUGGACACUUCUCAAAAUUUUUUAAUAGUUUUUCUCCGAUAAGGAAGAUUAUGAAGGUUUUGGCUGUGGCCUUAGAGGGAUACUCUUUGUCAGGUAUGGGAAUACACACAUCAGCUGGAGUACAGUGCUCUGUGUCCCUCCUGUGUUAUGAAGAGGCCGUGUCACCACACUGGAUCAUUGCUGUGUGCUGGAUUCAUGGGCACCAUGGGAAUUUGUGAUGUCUGCAGAUUUCUAAUGCCUCACUACUUACCUCAUUCAACAUAGCAUCACUUAGAACUAUUAUUUAUAUAAAGUAACAAAAGAGCAUAAUGGAUUUUACAUUUGUACACAGGUUGGUGUUCCUUACCUGUGAGGUUAAUCUGGGGUUACAACAAGCUUUGAUGGCCUAACCUUCUGGAUAUUCCUUAUCUCCAUCUUAUGGUCAUCUUGAGGAGCAAUUCUGCUUUCAGGCACCGAAUCCUCCUCAGACUUUUGUGACGCUUGAGCUCCAUCUUGAAGGGGAAUCACCUUCCCAUAUAUUAAUUACGUGCACAGAGCCAGCGUGUUGUCCUGGGAUGGGGGGUAGUGAGUCCCAUCAUCCAUGCAAUUCCCUUUAAACAGAGCAGCUGAAUUCCUGUGCAGGACAAGAAAUGGAAAGGAAAAGAGCUUUCUGGCAAAGCAAACAAGCUGGACCUGCCUAUGAGCCCUGGCUACUCAGCAAUGCUUCCAAAUCCAGGGAACUAGGGGCAGCUACCUGAACACGAUUUACUUUUGCACCAUUUUGGUGACCAGGUCUAUCCCCUCCCUUCUUCAGAGAAUGAAAAUAAGAGUCCACACUCAUUUCCAGAGGUCGAACCCAGCUGUCCAGAAUCUGUGCUCACUGUGAUUUUGAACCAGGCACCUUCUCUCUGCACUCUGUUCCAGGAUAGUCCAACAUGGCCCUGAACUGUGGCCUCCUUCAACCCCAGGGGAGUCAGCAGGAGCUCCUGUCGCUGGGGUAAUGCUGCACAGCGCUGGUGCCCAAAUCUACAGGGGUCAGAGCCCAGAUUUCUGAUCAAAUCCAAAACCUCAAGCUUGCCAGGCAGGAGCCAUGCCGCUGAGAUACAUCCCCAGCUGAUUCUAGAGAUUUCAAUCGGCCUCUGCUGAGUCACGGAGUCAGCGAGGCACCGAGUCACAGUCUCUGACGCUGAUUUCCGCUCCUCCAUCAAGCGCUCUGCCCGCAGCUGGGGAGGCGCAGGCCUCAGGGCUCAGGCCCAGGUGGAGGAAGGCAGCAUACCCAGCCAGCAGUUCUGCACCCAGAAGUCGGGAACGAGGCCUCUGCUGGGCACACAUUUGAGAUGGAAUCCGGGAGAAAAAGGUGGUGAUGUGAUAGAGAGGUCUGGAGAGAAUGAAAGCAGUGGGCUGUGUUCACUAUUUCCUAUGCUAAUUGCAGAAACCAUCCGUACAAAUUCGGUUUAAACAUUCAUUUUUAUGCUUUUAGAUUCAGGUGUGAUGUAUGUGUAUGUGAGAGGGAAAGAAAGAGAAAGAAACCGGGUGGGAGAGAAAGAAAGCAAGAGAAGAAAGGUGUAGAGAGAGGAAACAAACACAGAUAGCACAGCUAUGUUUACGAUCGUUGCUAUGGCUACCAGGAAGGGGUGACGUCACCCUCAUGUUUAGAAAUACAGUGUUAAAUAUUCUACCUUGGACCAUAAGGGCCCAACUGUCUUCUUCAGUGUUAUUAAAUGCCGCCACUAGAUGGCGGUAUGAGAUUAACAAACGCUGAAACUGUCCCCUGAUGGUGUCUUUGGUAAUCAGGUUUGAAAAAAACUUUCAAAGCUCAGGAGUACAUUUUGUAGAUUAUAAAACUGUACACACAUUUUGAGUUAUUGUCCGAUGCACAUUUAGCCCAUGGUAAAGGACCGGAAUUUCCAUCAAAUUGUCUAAAUUUCAGAACACAUAAAAAUGUGAAAUCAAGCAUCUAUGAUAACGUUUUUAUUUUUGGCAGUUUGGGGAGAAGUUACAAAAGGAAAAUCACUGCCCCAUGGCAUGAUUUAGAAGUACAUAGUUUGGAGAUUUGAGUCAUCUAACGUUCCCUAUGUCAGCAAAACAGUAAUAAAAUAGAAGGUUGUGUUCCAUCAAAUGCGAACACUUUUCAUAGUAUGUCCUUUGCUGCUCUCAAAAUAAAUACAAAUGAAUGAAAA